GUUUGUUCUCCUGACCGUCUCAUUCACGAACUUCUUGGGUCUUACGACCCGUAUUCUCAGAACAUUGCUCUAUACUUCAUAUGUAUCGUUGCUCCGAUUCUACUACAACCAGUCGUCAAUUUUAUAACUGUGCGGUCGUGGUGGGACCUCCAUAACAGUGUGUUACCAAGUUGUCUCAAGAUCAGCUCCAGUUACUGAUAUGUCUCAACCCUGAUUGCUAGGCACUCUCGGACGUUGGUUUUUGUUUGCGAUUUAUUCGGCACGUUAUUGACCACACCUUUCUCAAGUAAUCUUGAGCCUUUCCAUAACUGGGGCGAUAACUCAGUUCGUGAAGCUCACCGUCGGACGACCACGACCUGGCAGGUUCCCUAAAAUACCGCCCGAACAAUCCAACUCAUUACGUUUUAUUAGAUGUUAUCGAUCGUUGUCAACCUAUCCAGGGUUCUGUAGACCCCCUCUAUGGUCUUUCGACAUGGCAUAUAUGCACCCAAACAGACGUCACAAUGCUGCGGGAUGGCUUCCGUAGCUUCCCCUCCGGCCAUGCAAGCUGUGAAUAUCACUCCUUCUCGUAUGCCCUGGCUCUCACCUCCGUUUUCAGUGUCUUUUGCCGGUCUUGGGUUCAUGGGCUAUUAUUUGGCAGGAAAAGUCCACUUGUUUGACAAGCGUGGGCAUACGGGCAAAGCGUGGCUUUCUCUCGCUCCAUUUGCCGCAGCCUCUUUAGUCGCCAUCUCUCGUACUAUGGACUACCGCCACCAUUGGCAUGAUGUCUUGGUCGGCUCUAUUCUCGGCAUUGUCAUGUCCUUCUUUGCCUAUCGCCAAUACUACCCACCUCUCUGUUCUGAAGCGUCUCAUAAACCAUACUCCCCUCGCAUCAAACGUGAAAUGGAGGCGAUUUUACCGGUAUACCACGAGCAGCACAGACAAUCCAGUACUCCAACCUCGCAGCAAGAUCGACCUAAUACCGGGCGACGGUACACGAACGAACCCGAAACUUAUGAGCUUACCAGGACGACCAAAGCUCCUGAAUCUCAACCUCUGAAUAAUGAUUGGACAAAUGACGGGGUGGCCGAUGAAGUGGGAAAUGAAUAUGAUAAACCGCCUCCAGCUGGGAUGCCUGGUCUUACUUGA